AUGUCCCAGGUCGCCAUCGGAAUCAACGGCUUCGGCCGUAUCGGACGCAUCGUCUUCCGCAACUCGGUCGUCCACAACACGGCCAACGUCGUUGCCAUCAACGACCCCUUCAUUGACCUCGAGUACAUGGUCUACAUGCUCAAGUACGACUCGACCCACGGCGUCUUCAAGGGCGAGGUCUCGCACAAGGACGGCAAGCUGAUUGUCAACGGCAAGUCGAUUUCCGUCUUUGCCGAGCGCGACCCCACUGCCAUCCCCUGGGGCAAGGUCGGCGCCCACUACGUCGUCGAGUCGACGGGUGUCUUCACCACCAUUGACAAGGCCUCGGCCCACAUCAAGGGCGGCGCCAAGAAGGUCGUCAUCUCUGCGCCCUCGGCCGACGCGCCCAUGUACGUGUGCGGCGUCAACCUCGACUCGUACGACCCCAAGGCCGAGGUCGUGUCCAACGCCUCGUGCACCACCAACUGCCUCGCCCCGCUCGCCAAGGUCAUCAACGACAAGUUUGGCAUCGUCGAGGGCCUGAUGACGACGGUCCACGCCACCACGGCCACCCAGAAGACGGUCGACGGCCCCUCGGCCAAGGACUGGCGCGGAGGCCGCGCCGCCAGCGCCAACAUUAUCCCCUCGAGCACCGGCGCCGCCAAGGCCGUCGGCAAGGUCAUCCCCAGCCUCAACGGCAAGCUGACCGGCAUGGCGUUCCGCGUCCCCACGACCAACGUCUCGGUCGUCGACCUCACCUGCCGCCUCGACAAGGGCGCCAGCUACGACGAGAUCAAGAAGGAGAUCAAGCGCGCGUCGGAGAACGAGCUCAAGGGCAUCCUCGCCUACACCGAGGACGCCGUCGUGUCGCAGGACUUUGUCGGCCACCCGGCCUCGUCGAUCUUUGACGCCGCCGCCGGCAUCGCGCUCAACGACAACUUUGUCAAGCUCGUGUCGUGGUACGACAACGAGUGGGGCUACUCGAACAGGUGCCUCGACCUCCUCUGCUUCAUGGCCCAGAAGGACGGCUCCGCGUAG